GACUGGAGCUGCAGGACGCUCACAUUUAUCAGCAGAGCCAAAGUUUGAUGGUAGACCUGCCCUUAGCUGCUUAAAUCUUACAGGUUGGAUCAAUGGAUACAUUACCUUCAUUUUAUGUUUUCUCUUUGGCUUUGACUUUGAUGAUAGGUUUAACCACUGGAGUUGGUGUGUUGCCAGACGGUCCUCUGAAUAAAGCUGUUGGAGGGACAGUGAAGUUCAGCACAACACUUCCUUCAACUGGAACUCCAUUUGGAGGCAUCACCUGGAGGUUAAAUGGAAAAAUAAUAAUCCUUUCAAAUACUCAAAAUCACACUGGACCAGGUUAUGAAGACAGGAUCACCAUCUUCCCCUCUACUGGAUCUCUGGAGCUCAGGAAUCUGGCUCUUAAUGACAGUGGAGAAUACACAGUCAGUAUUACAGAGGGGGUGACUGAGCAUCGAGGUGAAACAACACUGGAAGUUUACGAGCCAGUCAGGGAUCCAAAAGUAACUGUCAGCAGCACAGACUUGGUGGAGGGUAGCUCUGUCACUCUCUCCUGCUCUGUCUCCCCUGGAUCCUCCCUCUCUUUCCGCUGGAUGAACGACAGCUCUGAGGUCACAGCCAGUGACAGAGUUCAGCUCACUGCUGGAGGCUCCACUCUCACCAUAACCCCUGUGAUCCGCUAUGAUCAUGGACCAUAUGAGUGUAAUGUGUCCAAUCCCGUCAGUCAUGACACCAGUGAUCCAGUAAACCUCAACAUUAGCUACGGCCCAGAAAAUACAAAAUUGAGACUCUCUCCAUCACAAGAACAUUUUGCGGUCGGAUCAAACAUCAGCCUGUUCUGCUCAGCAGACUCUAAACCUGUCCCUCACUUUGACUGGUUUCUGAAUGGAGACGAGCUGCCUGGUACUGAACCAGAGCUCAAACUAAUCAAUAUUCAAGAGAAACAGAGUGGAAACUACACCUGCCAGUCCUUUAACAACAAAACUCUGAGAAAUGACACAUCUAUGCAGUUAUCAGUAUCUGUGCUUGAAAAAAUCUCUGAUGCUUCUGUCACACCAUCAACAAACCAGACGAUUGAGGGGAAGCCUGUCAACUUAAUCUGUGAUGCUGCUGUAUCUGUGUUUACCAGAAAAUGGAUGAAGGAUGGAUCAAAUCUGACUCGGAAUGACAACAUAACAUUGUACGAAGAGAACAGAGUGCUGUCCUUUCAGUCACUACAGAAAACGGACACUGGAGUGUAUUCAUGUAACAUCAGUAACCCCAUCAGCUCCAUGGAGGCUAAAUACAGCUUGGUUGUUAAGUAUGGACCAGAAAAUGUUGAAAUCAAAGGUCAGAAUAAGAUACACGUUGGAGGGACCAUCACAUUAAACUGCUCUGCUGAGUCUGAACCACCUGCUAACUACACCUGGUCACCGAAUGGGACAGAGAACCACAAAUCUUUCGAGUACACUAUAAAGAAUGUUACAUACUCUGACAGUGGAAACUACACCUGCCAAGCAGAGAAUAACAUAACUGGGAGGUCACUGUCUGCGGUGCAUGAAUUGAAAGUUACAGAGUCCUCCACCUUUACAUCAAAUCCCUGUCCGCCUGGUUGUAUCGCUGGAAUAGUGAUUGCAUGUCUUGUGGUCGUUGGAGCAGCUGCUGGUGUUGGGUACUACUUUUACAGAAAAAAAAAAGGCCAGGGAAAAUCCUCCUCCCCCGUAGUGGGAGGCGGUGGCGAGAACAACAGAGCAUUCACACACAAUACAGAAUCCUCAGGAAACAAGGAGCUGAACUACGCAGAUGUCACAGUUUUCCGCAAUAAAAACGGCGGGGAAGUCCGGCUUAGGCCACAGGAUGAGACAUCAGUGUAUGCUCAGGUCAAAGGGAACAAUGCUGCAACCUCCCCUCCCACCUAUGACGUCCACAUGAAGAACACAAAGAGGCAGGCUCCUCAGCCCGCUGCUGACGGAGCUCAGGUUUAUGCACACGUUCGCAAAAACUGAGCAGAUCAGUUCUAUUAGAUUGUCUAGUCACAUUAGACUACAAGUGUCUGAUAUGUGGUCAGAGACCAUGCACUCCUUUCCCAGGUCUCUUACGUAGGACUCAUUUGGACUUGAGUCAAUGGUGGAAGCACUUUAGCAGCGAUUAAUAAUCAACCUUUUCAUGACAAGAAUCAAGAUCAUAAGGCACAGUGAUGCCAUGUAAGCUGGCACACGCAGAAUUGAAUAACCUCCCUCUGCCUUUGUUUGUGUGCACAUGUUCUCUUGAUGUGAUUGGUUGUUUGCUUCAGAUUAAUGUUUGACUCAGGUGUGCUGUCAUAUUUAAUUCUACAUGUGUGCUGUUUGAUUUCAGUUUGCAGCUGGCUUGCUUCAGUAAUUUGAUAUGUUACAAUUAUUUGAUAUGUUACAAUAAACAAAUAUUGUUUAUUUAUUAUUCAUAAUUAUCUGUCAGUACUAUUUUUCAGGAAAUGGAUACUCCUUGACAUCAGCAGGGCUUGAAUAUCUGUCAAAACAACUAUAAACUGAAAUGAAUUACAGUCUGUUGAUCCUAAGGCAUGGUGAGAAGAUUUAAAGACCUUAUUUACCUUUGUCAUUUAAUUAUAUGAUUAAGCACAAUAAUCCAAAAUGCUAAUAAGCAAAAAUAAGCCAUAUGAAGCAGUUUCACUUGAACCACAAAAGACAUGAAAGAGAGGAUUACAGGUUCUCCAUCAGGUGUCCAGUGGUUUUAUAAUUGAUAUCUACAGGUGCAAUAAAUGGGUUUUAAAGUCCAUCCAAAAGGCAUGAGGAAACUGUUGCUUACAAGAAAUGGUGCAGAUGACGGUCAGAGUAAUUCAGAACUAUGAUAAUGUGCCUUCUCUGUGAGCAGUAAAAACCUUGAGCCAAAAGGGAAGUGAUUCAAAUAAGAGAUAAAGUGCAAGAAGAAAAUACAAGCAAAUUUGCAUAAAUACAAAACACACAUUGUGUGACUUUAACACCAUAUACCUUUCUAUUUUUGUAAAUAAAAUUUGUCAAAUACACUGUAUGAUGUACUGUAUUUUCUAAUACAAAAGUGCAAUGUUCGCACUGCCUGAGAGGACUUACAUUUUGAAUAAUUCAGAAUAUACUGUAUAAUGAGGAAGUUCACUUCUUUAUUACAGGAAACAGGAUUGAGUUAUAAAGCAGGAUUGCUAGCUCAGAUUUCUUUUAUGGAAACACUGUAAAUCUGUAACUUCUCCAAAAAUGUAUUGUUUGGAUAUUUUAUCAUAUUUGAGUUGUGAUUUGAUUUAACACAUUUGGAGUGAAUUCACAAAAAGCUAGAGCACAAACUAAUUGAUCGGAGUGUAAGUGCAAUGAACUGCACAGCCCUGGCCCACCCAGCUGGACGUGCCCCUGGUACUGUGUAAUGGCUAACACUCCUUUGUGCUUCCCAUGUAUAAGCCAUGUUCCUGUUAUGUAUUGGUGUCAUGUAUUGUCUCCAACAACUGGAGGCUAUUGCUUUAGCAGUGAAAUAUAAUUAUAAACUUCCCAAAUGAAGACUCUUCUGUCCACCUGAAGAAAUCAUAAAACUGUACUAAGUAAUUCAUGAAUGUGUUUUAACCCAGUUGUGCAUUUGCUAGAGAGAUAACUAUUUUUUUCACUUUUUUAUAAAUGUUGUGAACAUGAAUUAUAAAUAUAAUAGAAGCUUUUUGAAGACACGUAAAAUAAAAGAUAAACUGUAAGGACUUCACAGAACAAAAAGCUGUUGAGGUUGGGCCUAGUGCUGUCUGACACGCUAAGGCAAAAAUCACUGAACACCAAAAAAUAAGUUUAACUUUUGGAUGGAAAGAUGGUCAAUUCAUGAUAACAUGCACAAAACUGAUAAUUAAAGUGAACGCAGUGAUCAGAGAACAGUAGCACACAACAAAAUAUAUGGCAAUCCAGCUCACUCUCUCUCUCCAGCUCCAAACAAAAGGUAACAGGUGUCUUAGAAUAUCCCGCCCCUAACCAUAUGACUCACUGGUUACCAAAUCAAUGUGACCACACAAUAAACCAAAUUAUAAACAAACAACAAAAUCAACACCACAAAAAUACACAAACAAUAACCUACCCUAUACCUAGAAAAUAGACACUAUAUACCUUUCAAAUAAUACAUGGCUCCUACAUAAACUUUGAAUGAUAUGGCAAGUAUCAAUUGUCUUGAUAUGCGUAUUUAAAGAGAAGCAGUUGAAAGUCAUUUGGCUCCAGUCUAGUUCCAUAUUAACCUUGUCUAAUCAAUACCGUCUUCCUGGUGAGAUUUUGGAAAAGCAAUGCAGUUAUUUACAUGUAGGUUUUUUAAGAUUCAGAAUUAGAAAGAAAGCACAGAACACUGACUGAUCUGAAUCCAACUGUAUAAACAAGGUCUACUUUGGUUGUACACUCGUAAACCAUCAUGAGAUAUUAAUGAUGUCCCUGGACCUAGAUUAAGGAAUCUGGGUGAGGCCGGAUUUUUUCCACCCCCACUGUUAAAUCAUUAGUGAAGCUCAAACUUGCUCUGGCUCCUCAAGCAAAUGAUCUCACCUGCAUUGAAGGGGAUUCAAGUGUUUGUUUAACAAUAAUUUAGAGCAUAAUGAAAUACAAAAACAUGUUUAUUUUACCUUAGAGUUCUAACAAACGACACACCUGUAGUUAAGUAAUUUAGGUUUUAAUAAUCAGACUUUAUCGUUAUAAACUAAUGUAUUGUAAUAUAAGAGAUUUUAAUUGACUGAAAACAUGAUUGACCACUCAUUAAAAUAUUGAGUGAGAAGUGUAUUUGGUAUAAUUCUGUAAACUUAUCCUUAACCAUUACAUAAACCAGAAUAUAUUGGAGUCCACAGAUACGCCUGCUGAUGAAUCCCAAAGUUUGGGGCCUUAUCAACUCAAUCAUGUGUUUUGGGUUUAAAUAAAAGAGGCAGUCAUGAUAUUUCAUGUGUUUUUGAUGAAAAUGUAUUAGUUCAAAAUGUACAGGGAUUUAAAGACAAAGCUAUUGUGUUGCAAAUGUUUGUUUUAACCUUUAACCUCUGUUAAUCAAUGUUCUACAGUUUAACCCCAACACAGCGUUGUCUUUCACAGCCAUAUGGAUACAUACGUGAUCCAUGUUUGACUGUUUAAACCAAGGAAACAUGGCACUGAAUAUUACUCUCAGGUUGGAGGUUUUGCAUUUGCUGUAAGUUAGUUUUUCAGACAAGUCAAUAAACAAUUUUCGUAAAUAGUUGA